CCCCCUCCCUCCCACCCCGCCUCAGCGCCCCGCCAGCACCGCGCCUGAGGGGGAGGCGGCGGCGGCGGCGGUGGCGGCGGCGGCCUCUGCUCCUCCUCCGCCUCCCUCCGCCAUGGCCCGGCCAGCGCCGAGAUAGGGGGCUCGGCCUCCAGCGCCCGCCGGGCCCAGCGACCGCAGGCUACCCGUGAUCUCUCAUAUGUGGAAAGAACGCUGGCAGAAAGGUGUAAAAAUGGGUGUUAAAACAUUCACUCAUAAUUCCCCUGCUCACAGUCAGGAGAUGCUUGGAAAGCUAAACAUGCUUCGCAACGAUGGACAUUUCUGUGACAUCACCAUUCGUGUCCAGGACAAAAUCUUCAGGGCUCACAAGGUGGUGUUGGCAGCCUGCAGUGACUUCUUCCGUUCCAAACUCGUUGGCCAAGCAGAAGACGAGAGCAAGAGUGUCCUGGACCUGCACCACGUGACAGUGACUGGUUUUAUUCCUCUUCUGGAGUACGCUUACACAGCAACGUUGUCCAUUAACACAGAAAACAUCAUUGAUGUGCUGGCAGCAGCCAGCUAUAUGCAAAUGUUCAGUGUUGCUAGCACAUGCUCAGAGUUCAUGAAGUCGAGCAUUUUAUGGAAUACGCCCAACAGCCAGCAAGAGAAAGUGCUCGAUGCAGGACAGGAGAGUAAUGCAAACUGCAAUUUUACUUCUCGAGAUGGCAGCCUUUCUCCAGUUUCGUCUGAAUGCAGUGUGGUGGAAAGAGCCAUUCCUGUUUGCAGAGAGUCGCGAAGAAAGCGCAAAAGCUACAUAGUUAUGUCUCCUGAGAGCCCUGUCAAGUGCAACACACAAACAAGUUCCCCCCAAGUGCUGAAUCCUUCGACUUCUUACCCAGAGUCCAGAAAUCAGCCCGUAGAUUCCUCCUUAGCUUUUCCGUGGACUUUUCCUUUUGGAAUUGAUCGAAGGCUUCAGUCUGAGAAAGUGAAGCAGGUGGAGAACUCUAGGACUUUGGACAUGCCUGGGCCCUCGGAGUCAAACAGGAGAAUUGCAGAUUACGUGACGUGUGAGAGCACAAAAGCCAAUUCGCCCCUCGUGAUCGAAGAAGACGUGCGUGUCAAAGUGGAAAGGUUAAGUGAUGAGGAGGUUCAUGAGGAAGUGUCACAGCCUGUAAGCGCAUCCCAGAGCUCCCUGAGCGACCAGCAGACAGUCCCAGGAAGCGAGCAAGUUCAGGAGGAUCUCCUGAUCAGCCCACAGUCGUCCUCUAUAGGCUCAAUGGAUGAGGGGGUGACGGAGGGAUUACCCACACUGCAGAGCACCUCUGGCGCCAACGCUCAUGCGGAUGACGAUGAUCGUUUGGAGAACGUUCAGUAUCCCUACCAACUCUACAUUGCUCCUUCUACCAGCAGCACAGAGAGACCCAGCCCAAAUGGUCCAGAUAGACCUUUUCAGUGUCCAACCUGCGGGGUCCGGUUCACUCGCAUUCAGAACUUAAAACAACACAUGCUUAUCCACUCAGGCAUUAAACCAUUUCAGUGUGACCGCUGUGGGAAAAAGUUCACCCGAGCUUACUCGCUCAAGAUGCAUCGCCUGAAGCACGAAGGUAAACGCUGUUUCCGGUGCCAGAUAUGUAGUGCCACUUUCACUUCCUUCGGGGAAUAUAAACACCACAUGCGGGUUUCCCGGCACAUUAUCCGCAAGCCUCGGAUUUACGAGUGCAAAACAUGCGGCGCCAUGUUCACCAACUCUGGAAAUUUAAUCGUUCACCUGCGGAGCUUGAACCAUGAAGCAUCAGAGCUAGCAAACUACUUCCAGAGCAGUGACUUCCUAGUACCGGACUACUUAAACCAGGAACAAGAAGAGACCCUCGGGCAGUAUGAGCUAGGGGAGCAUGGCUUUGAAAGCAACUCUUCUGUCCAAAUGCCUGUCAUUUCACAGGUCUCGUCAACUCAGAAUUGUGAAAGCACUUUCCCCUUGGGGUCUCUGGGUGGGUUGGCAGAGAAGGAAGAAGAUGUGCCAGAGCAGCCAAAGACUAACGCCACUGCUGAGGCAACUGCAGGUGACCCUCCAAAACCGGAGCUGUCAUCUAUUACUAUUGAAUAAUUCAUGGUUUGGUUUCAUUUUUGUUCUUUGGAAAGUGCCUGUGUUUGGUCCUGUACAUUUUAAUUUAAUUUUUUUAAACGAAAGUGGGGAGAUUUUCCCUUUUUACUUUGUAAGCUACGCUUUAAACAGGAAACUGCAACAGAUGUUACAUUAUUUUUCAUGACUGAAUGAUCACUUCUGUGAAAAUAUUUAAGACUGAAUGCACAAAAAGAUCUUGUCAAAACAUCAUGGAAGCUGUGAUACACUUCUAAAGAAGAACAACUGAUUCAGAUCACUUUAACUAUUUCUUCUUCCACAGUUAGAACAGCUCAUUAAGUUUCUCUUGCUUCUGCAGACCCUCUGGUUAAGGGAAAGAAAUCAGAGGGAACCUUUUUAAAAUGACAAACAACAGGAUGUGUUGGAAAUCAUUACUGAGCAGCUUUGACUAGUUUUGAGUGGAUGCUUUAAUCUUCUGCAUUAAAAAAAAUGACGUUUCCUAUCUCUGUGCCUGCUGUUUUUCAAAGCGCUUACUGCGACCCCUUUGUUGGCAACGUAAGCAUUUUUGAAACUAACAGACACACACUUUUAAAAAACACAUUGUCCCUUUUCAUCUCAGAUCAAUGGUUUUGACAAACCAAGCAGUGUCACGCCAGGUAUUCCUUCUCCUUAUAUUUCAGUCCUUUUAGAAACAUCUCAAUCAAAUGGCCGCUCUGGAUUUGCCAGUCUGAGGGUGGGCAUGGAAGUACUAUGGUCAGGAAAAUUCUGGUGGUAUGCAAUGAAGUGAGGAGGUCAGAGGGGUGUGAGACCAUGCACACCUGACUGAUGUCUCAUGACUGUAUCUUUCUGUAGAAGGGAAACCGUGUGUGAAAAUGAAGGUUUUCCCAAACUGACAUUCUGAAAUCUUGGCCGGAUUGCUUGCAGUUCUGGUCACUUCUUCCUAUCAUGUAUACUGUAUUCUACUCGUCUCCAAAACCUAACUAAAGGGAAUUUACAGAUGGGGAAAAUAAAUGGGCUCUCUUCUGCAUUACUGCACAUUUUUUGUUUAUACAUAUGCAUGUAUGGUUUCUCAAGUUUUUAUUAGGCUUGUUUUGGACAAAACAAGCAAUUUAUUCCCUUCAGAGGCCAACUUUCUAACCCAACAAGGGGUUGUUUACAAAAAGCCUAUAUAGCAGUGAUGAAUUGUUCGUAUUUCAAAACAUUCUAAAUCCUUGCCAAUUCAGUUUAUUAAAGGCCAUUACUCCAGCUAUAUACACAGCUCAAGUAAGCAAUAAAUUGUGAAAGAUUUGCAAUUUCAUUUUUUCCAUAUUUAGAAAAAGCUGCAAAUUUAGGGUAUGGGAUUUUCAGAGCAGUGAUUCUUGUGUUGUUGAGGCUGUUUGGGUUAUGGUACUGCUUUGAAAGCUGAAUUAGGAAACACAUUAGGAGGUUUUUGAUUUAUUUUUUUUAUUGCUUCUGAAGUUAACUCGGUGUUUGAUGCCAAAUGCCUGUCGCCUACAGAUGAUGUGCUGAGAGAGUAGGUAUUACUUGGCCUUUGUAUUCCAAAGGCAUGAUACACUCCCUCAGUUUUGAAUCUUGAUUUUAAGUUAUUGUUUUCUGUCUGGAUUUGCUUUAUGCAAACACGAGGAGGAAAUGCUGAUAGGAAAGGGUGCUCCUGAAGAAACAGAGGACACAAAAGUCGUAUUAUAUUGCACCAUCAGUUUGUAUUCAGUUAGCUUAGGCAGCUGAUACUCUGUAGGUCUGGGUUGUUUCUACUGAUAGCCUGCUUUUGUAAGGAAUAAUAGCCUAUUGCCCUUUGGAAAGAACUUAGAGUUUCAUUGUCUUCAGCAGUUUUUCUCCACUCCGUGUUAAGUACAAAAUACACAUUUUAGUUAAAUAAAGUGAAAACGGUUGGAAUUUAAAUCCUUUCCAUGUUACUGAAGUUUCCCUACCAGAUCCAUAGAGUGUUUUAUAAAUAUGCUGCAAAGGAGUUCUCUGCUACAGUUCAGUCUUGUUGUCUACCUUUGUGAGGUCUUCCUAAAAGGGCUUAAAGGAGAAAUAGUCUUUUGUGAUGCUGUGCUACCAAUCGGUCCGGUGUCUUUUUGGUGGGCUGAAUUUAAAGACCAAUUCUCUUCCACUUCUGAUUUCUAUAACUGAAAAGCCAGUGAGACAAGAAAAUGCCUUUUGAUGAGUUUUAUCUUGACUUAUAGGGCUAUGACACUGAACUCAAAUAAAGGAUUUUCUUUUGUGUAAUAAGUGUUACUCAUCUUUCCAGGUCCGUGAGAUUCCUUUGUGAUUCACACAGUAAAAUAGUACUCACACAGAAACAGUUCCAGACUGUACAGGUGUAACAUUCAGUGGUCAGGUGCAGAUGGACAUAAACUUCUGUUAGAAUCUGGUAAUUUUCACCCCCUGGAUCUUUUGUUAAUGUGUCUGUUGGUGAGGAGAUGUGCAAACACAGAACAGACGUAUCCGGAUAUUGGGUUUUUAGAAGUCAUAACUUUGUGUCAGAAGGCAGACUGCUUUCUGAAUACCACAGAGGAGUGAAAAAGAGUUUAAAAAGCACCCCGCUACCUUUGUAGUUCUAAUCUGUUCUUCCUUGAGAAGAAAUGAGUUAACACUUUGGGACAAGGCAAGCUGUGGGUUUCAUUUUUCAUUGCACAGUGUUACACAUUAUCUUUUCAUCCCUGUAAUAUCUGUGUAACAUCUGUUUUGGUUUGGUUUGUUUUUCUCACUUUUCAGUCUGAUUCCACUGCAGGGGCAGUAGAGUUCUUAGAGGGUUUGUUUGGUUUAGGAUUAGGCAUUUUUUGUUAGUUUUCCCAUUUGUGUUUCUUGCUACUGUCUCUUUUCUCCGUAGAGCAUAAAUUAAACACAAAUAUCCUUUUUAUUUUUCCUCCCUAGCUUGUUGGAAAUGUUCAGUUCUUUGGAGUACUGGUGUUCUUCACGGGACAGAUGUAAAAAUGUAGAACAUCUUAAAACAAGUUCUGUUGCUAAAACUUGGAUUCCAAAUUGAGCGAGAUAGAUAUCUAAACUAGAAGAAACUUGUCUGAUCUACACCUGGGGUUAAUCAGAAAGCUUCCUUCCAUACGUUAUCUGAGUGUCUUGAACCCCGGGCUGCGUUUUUAUCCUUUCCCCCCCUACCCUCAAGUUCCUUGGUUUGCAUUUAUCUUUCUACUUGACCAGCAUCACAGAAUAGUUGAGACUGAAAGGGACCCCCAGAAAUCAUGUGGUCCAAAACCCCAUGCUCAAAGCAGGGCAGGUGAGGUUUUGAAUAUCUCCAAAGAAGAAACCCUGUGUCUCCUCUGGGCAAUCUGUUCUGGUGUUUGACCACCCUCACCUUAGUAGAAUUUUUCUCAUGUUUCAAUGGAAUUUCUAGUAUUUCAGCUUGUGCCCACUGAGAAAAGUCUGGCUCCAUCUUCACAGCCUUUUAUCCAGCAGCUGUACACGUGGGUAAGAUCCUCCUGAGCUUCCUGUUCUUUGGGCAAACCAGUCCCAGCUCUCUCUCAGCAUGCACUGUGAGAUGCUCCAAUCCCUUCAUCGUCUUGAGAUCUUCAGAUGGAUACAUGCUACCCAUUGCAGUAGUUUCUGCCAUGAUGAGUAACCUCCAAAUUCACUCACAAAGUGAUGCAAACAUGUUACUUCUGCAUGUCCUUCUCCUAUGCAGCACCAUUCUUUUCACCCAGUGGAAAAUCCUCUCCUCACCCAUUCAUUUGCAAGUUGAGUGCCUUCACUACCGCAGAAGUAGCAAGAUUCUGCCGCAUGCUCGGGUCCCAGACUCUUGGGGUUUCUGUAUGGGGUCUUUCUCCCUUGCAUAUUGUGCAUAUGAGCAGUAUGUCUAAUGAGAAAAACAAGAAAGCAGUGGGAUGUUUUUUUCUCUGCCUCACUGUGGUGUUUCGGGAGAGGGGAUAAAAUUCAGCAGCUCUCUAUUUCCCUGCAAAGAGUAGAAGAAAAAUGAAUGCUAUUUUAGCUGUGUGGGAGAUCUGGCCAAGUUGUAAGGGUUUGUUUUGUUUUUUGAUGCAGACACAUAGCACAAGUCCCCUGGAGAUCCAUGGGAUUGCCUUCACGUUCAGCAAAUUAAGCUCCCCAUCAGAACUGCUUGUCACUUUUCUUGCACCACGUGUGAUAUGUGUUCUUCUUGGUUUGUCUCGCUGCUGUUUGAGUUCAGCUGUCAGGCUCACAGAUAGUGUAGUCACGUCUCUCAUACUGAGAGAUUAGUAGACUAGGUUAUUGAAAAUGGUUCUGGGUUCACAUGUAUUUGAGUCUAAAAGGUGUGAAUUUAAACUUUUUUAAAAAGUACUAGCUGCCAAUGCAGUAAGAUAUAUUUUGUAAGACUAUGAUCCCUAUAUAUCCUUUACAGGAUAAAAUUUUAUUGUUUUUAAGCUAUGGUUUAAAGUUUUUAUAUGAGGGCUUCAGUCGCUUCUUGGUUGCUGGCUUUCCCCUCCAGCCCCAGGAUGGACGAGCACUGAGACUAUUGCCAGUCUCUCUCUGAGACACACCAGGAAGCAUUUUAUAUGCAAAUAGAACGGGAGCUUUGUGCACCCUGCAGGGAUGGAGAAAAUGCAGAUGUGGGAGCACCUGUUGCUCCUGGAUCCAUUGCAACUUCCACACCAUCAGAAAAUGGAAAAUAGCUAAUUUUCAUUCAGAUGGAUUAAGUUUGAGUUUUGCGUACAAGGUGAAACCCAUCUUUGGAGGGUUCUCCUCUCCAGUGAUGGACAUAAUAAAUUCCAUAGCAUCUCGAUGGCAGAUGAAAGUGUUCAAGGCCAGACUGUGCCUCAGCCACAUCGGAGGUCCCUCGUAGGUGGACUCGAUUCAAAGUAUUUGAGGAAAUGUACCAUAAAAAACAAAUGUGAAUUUCUUUUAAUGCAACAGUACUUAACUGCUCUGGGUUUUUGUUAACUCAAUAUGUGCUAUCACAGUAAUUCAGUGUCCCACAGGUCUCAACUACAAAUCUGGCUGCACUAAAACAAAGUCGAAUCGGUUUCUGGUGCUGCCAGCCUGUGUGGCAACUGUACCUACAGUCUUCCUGAGGGUUGCUGAUGUCCCCAGAGGAGUGAUUUUGUUGAACCAUUCGUUUAGCUGGUGCAUGCUUUUGAUAUUCUGACUUAUAGCCCUGGCUACACAAACUUCUUGGACGGCUUCUUUGCCCUGUACCUGCAGUGCCUUCACUCUAGGUGCUGCUCUGUGGUGAAACCCUGAGGAGGGAAAGAGUAAAGCUGGAGGAAAAAUGUGAAUUAAAUUAUUGUUGGGCUUCUUUGUGCAUUUUAGUAACAGUGAAACCCCCUUAACUGUGCCAGUCUCCAGUCACCAGCCGUAUAUCCAGUCGUCAUCUCAUCCACAGUACAGCUUCUCUUGUUGAUGCUGGCCACAGCUAGAUUACUUGGCAUGUUUAUUGACUUAACAGACUUGGUUUUUGGUUUUGUUUUUGUUUUUUAAUGUAUACGAUGUUUAAAUACACUUCACAUUUUAUAUACUACUAUCUGGCUAUUAGUAUUUUUCAGGAACCAUAGUUCUUGGUGGCUAUAUAUAUUUUUGUGACUUUUUUUGUAAACUAAGUGCCGUUUCAACGUUGCAAUCAUUUUUAGAGUUAUUGUAAUCAAUGUGAAUAUCAUGUUUUUUCAAAUCUGUUCUGAGCCUGUAGUGUUUGCUUUGUGAUCAUAUGUGUAAUGUAUAUAUUCUGUAUAGUUACAUUGUAUUGAAAUACUAGCUUGUUUGAUAUAAGAAAAGUAUGUAUUGGAUACCUUUUUGCUAGCCUGGUUGUUUAAUCUUUAAAAAAAAAAUGUUCUAAAAUGCAAAAAAAAUUAUCCAAACUGGUCCCAUUAUAGGUCAAAAUUAAGGGGGGAGAAAAAACUAGUUUUGAGUGUCUUUGGAUAGAAACAUGAAGCUAAGAUUUUUCAUUAAAAUAUUAAUGUUUUAUGGAGUA